GUCGCACUUGACAAACGCCCAUAUUUACACCCAUUUCUCUCUUUCAACGCCAUCUUUGCUCCAUUUUCUCUUCUCUUCUCUUUCUUUCGUUUCUCCUGUCUUUCUUCUUCUUCUUCUUUUUUAUGGACAAAGGAUGUGGGCUUGCCCUUCAUUCUCUAUCUAAUUUGUUUCCCGACAAUACCAGUUCCAGUUCCAAUUCCAGUACUAGGUUAAACCAGAAUCCAAACAUGUUUCACUUCCCUGUUUCCCUUCCUUGUUCCAGGGACGACCCCCAUGACAGUGGCACCGGUACCUCCUCUGAUGAGAAUCGGCUCCCUGUUGAUGAGCUUGACUUUUUCUCUGCCGCUACUGUCAAUGUCAAGAAGGAGAGUUUUCAUGCUGAUUGUGCUCGGUUGGAUGUUAAUGGGUUGAAUCUUCUCACUGCUAACGCUGGAAGCGAUCAAUCAACGGUUGACGAUGGGGUAUCAUCGGAUGUGGACGAUAAACGAGUCAAGAAUGAGGUGGCGCAAUUACAAGUGGAAUUGAAACGUAUGAAUGCUGAAAACCAGAAGCUAAAAGACAUGGUUAACGAUGUCAGCAACAAUUACAGUGCUCUCCAGAUGCACCUCGUAACCUUAAUGCAACAACAUCAAAGACAUGAGAUUAAUGAAGUGAAGGAACAAGAAGGGAGUCUGAUUGUGCCUAGACAAUUCAUGGAUCUACGCCCAUCGGGCAUAGCUGAAACCGAUCAUGAGCCGUCUCAUUCUUCCUCAGAAGAAAGAACGCCUUCAGGGUCGCCUCCCAACAACGUUCAAGUUACAUCACCUAAGGAUUGUUUGAAAACCAAAAACCCAGUUUCUCAGUUGGAUCAAGAGAGUUCUAGUUUCCGGGAUGGUAAGAGAACAGGUAGGGAAGAAAGCCCAGAAUCUGAAAACUUGGGUCGUAACAAACUCCAAAAGAUGAAUCCAUCAAAGCCAAUCGAUCAAGCCACUGAGGCUACCAUGAGAAAAGCUCGUGUUUCGGUUCGAGCUCGAUCAGAGGCUCCCAUGAUAAGCGACGGAUGCCAAUGGAGAAAAUACGGACAAAAGAUGGCGAAAGGGAAUCCCUGUCCUCGAGCUUAUUACCGAUGUACGAUGGCAGUUGGUUGUCCUGUUAGGAAACAAGUUCAACGCUGCGCGGAAGAUCGAACGAUCUUGAUAACCACUUACGAAGGCAACCAUAAUCACCCGCUUCCUCCAGCUGCAAUGGCAAUGGCGUCGACUACGGCCUCAGCGGCUACCAUGUUGCUGUCGGGGUCGAUGCAUAGUGGGGAUGGGAUGAUGAACCCGAAUUUGUUUCCAAGGGCAACGCUUCCAUGUUCUUCAAUGGCGACAAUCUCAGCUUCUGCUCCAUUCCCGACUGUAACAUUAGACCUUACUCACUCACCCAACGCUCUACAGUUCCAAAGACCGAACACACAAUUCCAUGUCUCAUUUCCAGGCCAACCCCAAAACUCAACCUCAACAUCAGCAACACAGUUUCCUCAAGUUUUUGGUCAAGCACUGUAUAACCAAUCAAAAUUCUCAGGCUUACAGUUGUCUCAAGAUAUUGUGUCUUCUUCACAACUACAGCAGCCUCAGCAAUCCACACUUGCUGACACAGUAAGUGCUGCCACGGCAGCUAUCGCUAACGACCCGAGCUUCACCGCCGCCCUUGCCGCCGCCAUCACCUCCAUCAUUGGCGGUGCUCACCCAAAUAGUAGCAGCAACACUUCCAACAACAAUAACAACAAUGGCAACACCGCAAACAGCAGACAAUAGAUUAACACUCUCUUUUUUUAAUCAUUUUUUUCCUUUAUUCACUUUUUCCAUGUUUUUCAUUUGGGGAUGAGAAGGAGAUUACAUGUUUAUAGUUUUUUUUUGUUCUUUGUUGUGGGAAGGAUUAGAAGAACAGGUAGACAAACUUCAUUAUUCUUUCUUAUUAUUGUUUGUUUCACUUUGAAUAAUUCUAAUCAGUUUUUGAAGUGAAUACACGAAAUUCAAAUUUUAAACUUA